AUGGGAAAYUUCUGUCAGAAGCACUGCGUCUGCUUGACACCCUAUGUGCCUUGCAUAUUCUCAGGGGCAGAAGAUGAGCCAGUUGAGAAGUCUGGCCAGGGCUUCAUCAACAUUGGUGUGGUAGGAGAUGACUUCCGACCAGUGCACAAAGACAGAGAUGAUGAGAUAAAAGAGAAACCUUUGCCUCCACUGCCUGAGCAGCACCUGGUGAAUGUUUGCAGAUUUGUGGCACUUUUUGAUUAUGAGGCUCGUACUGAUGAGGACUUGAGCUUCCAGGCUGGGGAUAAGCUUCAAGUGUUGGAUGCUUCACACGAGGGUUGGUGGUAUGCUAGGCUCCUCCUGCCCGAGGGGUCGGUCUCUGCGGGCCGCAAGCUCCAGGGCUACAUCCCUGCCAACUACAUAGCUGCAGACCAGAGCAUUGAAGCAGAACCGUGGUUUUUCGGUCCAAUCAAACGAGCAGAUGCAGAGAGACAACUGUCAUAUCCUGGAAACCAGGCAGGAGCUUUCCUAAUCCGAGAAAGUGAAAGUCUUAAAGGCCAAUUUUCACUGUCAGUUUUUGAUGGUGAAUCUGUGAAGCACUACAGGAUCAAAAGGCUGGAUGAAGGAGGAUUUUUCCUAAGCAGACGGAAAACUUUUAAAACUCUAAAUGAGUUUGUUGACUAUUACAGUAAGAACAGUGAUGGCCUCUGUGUGACACUUGGAAAACCAUGUCUAAAGGUACAAAUUCCUUCAACUUUUGAUUUGUCUUAUAAAACUGUGGAUCAGUGGGAGAUAGACCGAAAAUCUCUGAAAUUCUUAAAAAAAUUAGGAUCCGGUCAGUUUGGUGAGGUAUGGGAAGGACUGUGGAAUAAUACCACCCCUGUGGCAAUCAAAACAUUAAAACCAGGUUCAAUGGAUCCAAAGGACUUUCUGAGAGAAGCGCAAAUAAUGAAGAACUUGAGACAUCCAAAGCUAAUACAGCUUUAUGCUGUUUGUACUUUAGAGGAUCCAAUUUUUAUUAUUACUGAGCUGAUGAGAUAUGGAAGUCUUCUAGAAUAUCUUCAAAAUGAUGCAGGCUCCCAGAUCUGUCUGACACAUCAAGUAGACAUGGCUGCUCAGGUGUCUUCAGGGAUGGCUUACCUUGAAUCCCAGAACUAUAUUCAUCGGGACUUGGCAGCCAGGAAUGUCCUUGUUGGUGACCACAAUGUUUACAAAGUGGCAGAUUUUGGGCUUGCAAGAGUUUUUAAGGUAGAAAAUGAAAACAUAUAUGAAGCUAAGCAUGAAACGAAACUCCCAGUGAAAUGGACAGCCCCUGAGGCAAUCCACUGCAAUAAAUUCAGCAUUAAGUCCGACGUAUGGUCGUUUGGAAUACUACUAUUUGAAAUAAUCACUUAUGGGAAGAUGCCCUAUGCUGGUUUGGCAGGACACCAGGUGAUCCAGAUGCUGGAUAAGGGAUACAGACUUCCUCAACCAAGCAACUGUCCAAAGCGGCUCUACGAUAUCAUGCUGCAGUGCUGGAAGGCAGAGGCCAAGGAACGUCCCACAUUUGAAACCUUGCAGUGGCAGCUGGAAGACUAUUUUGAAGUGGAUGGUUCAUCCUAUGCAGAUACACAUACUGUUAUAAAAUGAACCCUGAGUGAACCUGACUGGAAGAGUUGCUGUGAAAUCAAUUUAACCUCAAAUGUAGAGCUUAUUAGGUGAAACUAAUUUGGUACAUUUUCAUGCCUGUGUCAAAACUGAAAGAAGUUUCAAAUUUUUUGCUGGUGAUGAGUGUUUUGCAAGACUAAGCAUCAGAAGGCUAGAGAAGUGGGGCUUCUAAAAUAUAAGUUCUAUUUAUUUUUAAAUAACAGAUCACCAAAAUGAACAAACAAAAUGAAUGUUGUUCAGCAAGCAUUGUAAAAUUUCAUAGUUUCUUUAUUGCAAUAAUUACAUUUUGUUCCUUAAAUUUUUAAUUCCUUUCAGUUUAUUCUUAUGAAGGAAUCUGAUUGCUCUGUGCACAGCAGGAUCUGUGCUUGGCGAGUUUUCUUACUGAAAAGAAUAAUCCUGUGACUAUGUCAAUGACAAAAAAACAAAUUGAUUGCCUGGCUUAGACCUUCAGUACAUCUGCCUUUGCAGUGUAAGCAAAUAAAAUAUUCUUGUUGUAAAAAAAAGGGGUUAUUUUGUUUUUUGGUUGUAAGAAUCUGUCUCGCAAGAAUGAAUACAAAUAUUAUUAGACUCUUAAUGCUGAAUAUCAACUAAUGUUAUUGAACAGAUGGGUUAUUCUCCACUGAGUGUAAGGA